AUGGCAUCUUCCACAACAAUAGAUGCGCUGACAAGUGCAUUGGUUGCUCGCUUCCUACGGGCGAACAACUACUCCGAAUCUCUUCAAGCUUUCAUCCGCGAGGCGAGUCUGCCUAGCUUACUGGAGGAGAAAAAGGCAUUUGACCAUACAGCCAACUUUGAAAGAUAUGGCCAAGGGAAUAAGAAGACAGAAGCAUGGAGUGUACCCGCACCAUCAAAAGCUACGAUUCUGGACACCCCGACAUCUUCAAAUCUUCUUGCCGCAUCAGUCGACUUGUGGCAGGUGCCCGAGAAUGACAUAGAAGCGGCCACCGCCGCGCCUGUGAUCAUUGCUACAGGUGCUGAUAGACAGGUUCACUUGUCUAAGACUUCGGAGAGCCAUGAUUCUAUUACCUCGUUCUCGAGUGUAUCAGACUCGCCUGUGCUGUCGUAUGUCUCCAUCCUCCAGGGACGAUACGUCCUAAUGACAAAUAUGUCCGGAGGCUUGAUACUUUUACAUGGAUCACACAUUCUCGACAGUAGAAAAGACCACUCCAAGUACGCUGUCAAGGUCGUUGUCUGUGAAGAAAAAGGCGAGGUCGACUCAUCACCGCAAUUCUGGGUUGCCACCGCCGGUUGGGAUGCAACUAUCUACCUGUACCGUAUCAACAUACCGAAUGGAGGAGACGCACCGGUGAUCGGAGAGCCCGUCGCACACAUCAAGCUCACCACGAAUCCGGAGUCAUUGGUGUUUGUGCGCCAUAUCGACACUAAUGAUUUGAUGCUCCUGGUUUCGCGCCGCGAUUCCACACACAUCUACUAUUAUCAAGUGGCACGAUCAUCCAAUGAGGCAAACGAUCAGGAUCAGGAUCAGAAUGAAACGGACAGCCCUUCAUGUCACCUCCUGGGACAACAGAAUCUGGCACCUCAUUCGAAUGCCUGGAUCGCCUUUUCCCCGGCGCACAUGGCUCUCAGCCCACACGAUUCUGGUCUGCUGGCGGUAGCUACAUCUACAUUACCACACUUGAAGGUGAUCAUCGUGCGUCUCUUGUUCCCUUCAGUGGCGUCCUUGGCUACGCGCAACCCAUCCGAGGAGGCACCCAUGACGCAGGCAUCCCAAGCACUCGAGUCUUUGGCGCUGCAGAACCGCGAGGAUGCAGCCAUCUUGGUACAGUCCAAUACAUUUGCACCACAGACGGCAUACUCAACGCCCCAGGUUGCCUGGCGACCAGAUGGAUCCGGUGUGUGGGUGAAUGGAGAUGACGGUGUGGUCCGUGGCAUUGAGACAAAGACAGGAAAAGUGGUUGCUACGCUUAAGAAUGGCCAUGAGCCCGGCUGUAAGGUGCGCACUAUCUGGGCAGGAUAUGUUGAUGUACGGAGUGAAGGCGAGGAAACGACACGAGAGGAAUGGGUCCUGAGUGGAGGAUUUGAUAAACGGUUGAUUUUGUGGAAAGUAUGA